UUGCUCCAAUGGAAUCAAGGCCCGGGUGUUGUCUUCUUGUAGCAAGAUGCCAGAACAUCUCUGGAAACCAGCCAGUAGAAACAACUCUACCUUUGGGCCAAGUGAAGGGAAGCAUUUCUUCGCCACCGACAAGAGCAACCGGUCGCAGAAGACGGAUCGGCGAGUUGGUGGGGCAGAAGAAGACACCAUGUCCUCUCUGACGGAACAAGAAAUUGCUGAGUUCAAGGAAGCCUUCAUGCUCUUUGACCGGAAUGGAGAUGGGACCAUCACCACCAGAGAACUCGGGACGGUCUUGAGGUCCUUGGGACAAAACCCCACCGAAGCUGAGCUGAGGGAGAUUGUCCACAAGCUGGAAACUCACAAAAAUGGGACCAUCGACUUUCCGGGGUUCUUGAACCUGAUGGAAAAGGAAGUCAAGAACCGAGAUUGUCAGGAGAUCCGGAAAGCCUUCCAGGUCUUUGACAAAGAUGGCAACGGUUACAUCAGCGCCGCGGAGCUGAGGCACAUUAUGACCAACCUCGGGGAGAAGUUGUCCCACGAAGAAGUCGAGGAGAUGUUGAAGGUGGCGGACCUGGAUGGAGACGGGCAGAUGAAUUACGAGGAAUUCCUCAGGAUGAUGACCAGCAAGUGAAGAGGUCUACCGUACCAAGCCAUGGAGAUCUUGGCCUCCGAGAUCGAACUAAUUUAUGAUUUCUUUUGGCCAUGUGCCUCCUCCAUGACGUGGCCUGGUGAGGAGGACAGCUAAGAGUGGGACGUGAUCAAUGGUGGGAACCUCCAUCCGACUUGGGGAUGUCAACUGAACUUCAGUUGUGGUGAUUUGUGGAUUUUUCUGGGCUUCCCAUCUUUUGGGAAUCAAACGAUAUUCUCAAAAGGAUACCAAGAGACCAGGAUUGUCUUCUUCCAGAGAAGCUAAUUUGGAAAUACAGGGAGUUUUCUGCAGAAAAUUGUCCCCCCAGUUGCUCUGACAUAAGUAAUUUAACUCUAGCAAGUCAAAUAAACUUCUAAUUGCUUUUAUCCUAA